AUUAUGAAAAGAAAGAGGGAGAUGAAGAACAAAUUUGAUACGUGAGUCUGACUGACCGGACCAGAUCGGUACCACCAGCUAAUCACUAGCUAACUUUACUCUAAAUUAAUACGUGUGCGCUCUGUGGCCUCACCUCACCUCACCUCAUCUCACAUCACCACCAUCUCACUCGUUAAUAAAAAGUACUAAUUAUUUACACUCUUUUGUCACACCACCAUACCAUUACCCAUACAUAGAAAAAGUCAGAAAAAAUAAAACAAAAAAAGCAAUUAGGUCAUCUCCGCGAUUGCCCCACGCUUUUUACAAAAACAAAAACCCCGUUUAUAUAUGCAUUCUCAUGACGGGACCAUGGUCAUGAAUUCAUAAAUAUAUAUAUACAUCAUACAUGCACAACUUGUAUGUGUAGUUGAUAUAUUAUUUAUGGCCGAUCCGUAUCGUAACGUGCCCAAAAGUGACCAACCAACUCCAACCUCCAAUUCUUCCAACCCUGCCUUUAUACUACUUCCUCCUCCUGCUCCUCCUGAUCCUACUCCUCCAGCAGCACACGAUCGAGACUGCUCAUCUUCCCCCAGACCCGGGCCCACGGGCGCCUCCACAUCGUCAUCGCCCAGGGGCCACCCCGUGUACAGGGGAAUCCGGUCCCGGAGCGGGAAAUGGGUGUCCGAGAUUCGGGAGCCGCGUAAGACGACGCGCAUAUGGCUUGGGACGUACGCCAAGCCGGAGAUGGCGGCUGCUGCUUACGACGUGGCGGCGAUCGCUCUGAAAGGACCUGAUACGGCGCUGAACUUCCCCAACUUGAUUCUUACGUAUCCGAUACCGGCUUCCUCUGCUGCGAGUGACAUACGCGCUGCGGCGGCUAGGGCAGCUCAGUCGAGGGCGGAGAUGAUAUCUGCUGGCGAGAGCGGAGGGAGAUCGGAGCCGGGUGGGGUAAAAACUGAGGAGGGUAGGGUUGGGCAGGAUGAGGAGGAGGAGGAGUUUAUGGAUGAGGAAGCGCUUUUAAAUAUGCCGAAUUUGCUGGUGGACAUGGCGGAGGGAAUGCUGGUGAGCCCCCCGAGAAUCUCUUCCGAGGACUCGCCUGGGAAUUCCGAUGGAGGAGAAAAUCUCUGGAGCUAUUAAUUGAUUUAGUUUUCUUUGAAUGCUUUUUGGAUUAUUAUUCAGGAAUCAAUAAGCAAAUUUGUUGGUGGAUAUCAUCAGUGGUUUGAGCUUAAUUCGGACGAAAAUUAAGGGUAUGAUUCUCUUCUGUGUGUGUGUAUUUUUGUGGAAUAAUUUUUGUACAACGAUAUAUGCAUUUAGAUGCUAGCUUCAUCUCUACUGCAGCUGAUUUGUGUUGUACUAGCUCUUGGAAUUAAUGGUUAACUGGUCGAUUUUGUUACUAUCCUUAAUUUGCCCUAUAAGAAGGAAGAAAAUUUGCUGCUUGCUGUAACUAGUCUACAUGUUGAUGGAUGGAUGGUAUAAAAUCUUCCAAAAUCUGCUCCUCAAUUUUCUUA